AUACCUACCUAUUCAUCAUACGACUUUGAGUGGUGUCAACACAAGAUCUUGACGUUAUCAUUUCCCCAGGCCGGUGUAAAGGGGUUAGCCGUGGCAGAAGGUUGAUCCUAUAUUAGGGACAUCGCUUGAGUAGUUGGAUGAUCGGUUGAUGAGUGCCAUCUCCGCCUAAGGUUCGGGAGUAUUAGCCAAACCUCGAUAUCAGUUUGAUAUCCAUCCCUUCGCCCCUACAAACCCCAACAAUCAAACCCAAUGGCGAAUUCUCCCAACAGCGUGCCCAGCGGGGCGCUCAUUUCCCUCGGCUGUGAAGGAAGCGCCAACAAGCUAGGUAUCGGUAUAAUAGCGCACGACCCGACAACGGGCAAAUCGGCCAUUCUCGCCAACAUCCGCCAUACCUUCAACUCGCCUCCAGGGACAGGCUUCCUGCCCAAAGACACAGCAAAGCACCACCGCUCGUUCUUCGUGCAAAUCGCGCGAUCAGCCCUGCGCGCUGCGGGCGUCUCGCCGGCCCAGCUAUCCUGUAUCUGUUACACGAAGGGCCCCGGCAUGGGGGCGCCGCUACAGAGCGUCGCGAUCGCAGCGCGCACCCUGUCUCUACUCUGGGGCAAGCCCCUGGUAGGCGUGAACCACUGCGUUGGCCACAUCGAGAUGGGUCGUACAAUAACAGGCGCGUCCAAUCCCGUGGUGCUCUAUGUGUCGGGCGGCAACACGCAGGUGAUCGCGUACGCGGAACAACGGUAUCGCAUCUUUGGCGAGACGCUCGAUAUUGCCGUGGGGAACUGUCUCGAUCGCUUUGCGCGCACGUUGGCCAUCAGCAACGAUCCCGCCCCAGGCCACAACAUCGAGCAGCUGGCGAAGAAGGCUUCUGGGAACAUCCUCCUCGACCUCCCUUACGCAGUCAAGGGCAUGGACUGCAGUUUUAGUGGGAUAUUAGCAGCGGCCGAUAUCCUGGCAGCGCAGAUGCAAGAGCAGGAUGCGAGGGAGGCGCGCGGCGAACCAGCCGUCAACGAAGCUGCUGGCGAGAUCAGAAUCACCCCGGCGGAGCUAUGUUAUACUCUCCAAGAGACCGUAUUCGCGAUGCUCGUCGAGAUCACCGAACGCGCCAUGGCGCACGUGGGUAGCGCGCAAGUUCUUAUCGUCGGCGGUGUUGGCUGUAACGAGCGCCUGCAGGCUAUGAUGGGCUGUAUGGCUGCUGAGCGCGGCGGCUCUGUGUACGCGACUGAUGAGCGCUUCUGCAUUGACAACGGCAUCAUGAUAGCGCAUGCCGGACUCCUCGCCUUCGAGACCGGUUUUCAGACGCCGCUUGCCGAAAGCACCUGUACCCAGCGCUUCCGGACCGACGAAGUCCACGUAAAAUGGCGUGAUUAAGGCCAGCAGUAUCCUGGACCCAAGUACCUAGAAAACUCUAGACGAGAGAAACAGUAAAGUGUGUAUCGAGAAUUUUUAGAGAGGCAGUCACUGCCCGAGCUCAUACUCAUUUGAUCUUACACCUCCCCGCUAGUCCGUGGGGGAUUAUACGGUCGGGUUCUAGAGCAAGCAGAGGCCCAAAAGAGAAAGCAGGCUGCCAUCAACUCCGUGCAUUGGCACACAGCAUGACGCGCUGCAGUGAUGUCAAAAGGCGCACCGUCCCCAUCAGGCUGCAUCAAGGAUACCAAUCAUGCGUGUCCAGUCACAUGCAAUGUUGGUAUAUGCUCCGCUGUCUCUACAAUAGCCGGCUGUGAAAGAUAGACGGAUGUUUCAUAUUUAAGCUGAGCGGUAUGCGUACAUAGAAGUAUACAUGCAUAUAUCUG